GCUGAUAGCGGCUUUUACAUUCUUCCUGAUGACCAUUGCAGUGCAGGGGGCCUACUGUAUUUACAUCUGGAUGAAACGAAAGUCAAAAAAGACUUCAGAGACCGAUGUAGAAGCGAAUGUGGCCGAGAUAACUGAUAACAUUAACAUCGCAGACCAGAGUGAGAACAUCACGGCCAUCACAGAAGUGAGUGAGGACAUCCCGACCAUCACAGAAGUGAUUGAGAACAUCCCGGCCAUCACAGAAGUGAGUGAGGACAUCCCGACCAUCACAGAAGUGAUUGAGAACAUCCCGGCCAUCACAGAAGUGAUUGAGACCAUCCCGGCCAUCACAGAAGUGAGUGAGGACAUUCUGGCCAUCACAGAAGUGAUUGAGAACAUCCCGGCCAUCACAGAAGUGAUUGAGAACAUCCCGGCCAUCACAGAAGUGAGGGAGGACAUCCCAGACAUUACAGGAGUGAGUGAGGACAUCGUGGCAGGAGAAGAGGAGAUCAAUAAAAAGAGCGCAGAUAAACCAAAAAAGACCGUUUGGUUCAAGGAUGAUGAGGAGAUGCUUAAAAAGGCGAUGCAGGAUGCAAUAUCAAAGCAAAGACAAAGGCCAAAAUAUAGUAUGUUGAGCAGAAGAAAAAUAGAGAAAAACAUGAAGAAGCUGAGGAAAGGGGGCGCUCUUCCAUACUACUGGCACUUUGCACAUUAAAGCCAUGUUAACAUCUGGAAUAUCCUGCUAAUUCAUCCUGAUCCUGUGGCUAAAGUGAGACUCCUCCUUAUCCAUCUUUGACUGUCCUCCUGCUGCCCUGAGGGUGUUGUUGCCAGGCUCUGGAACUCCGUUGUGCCCUCCGGUCCUCCACCCUCAGAUGUACUCACUCAAAUGUACAUGGAUGGAAUAAAUCCAUUCUGUGUUCCGUUCCCUUCACGCUGCCAAACUGUGGGAUGAAUCAUCAAAUUAGUGACUGAGGCCCCUGGAAUGUGCUGUGAUGAGCUGAGCUGUGAUAAUUUCACUAGGUCUACUCUCCGGUCAUGGGCAGUAAUGCCAACGUUUCAUUCUAAAAACAGAUUAGAAGCCGCUAGAACAGUGAGCAGUGCUCGGCUGAGCACGCUACAACA